CUUAUAUUCAAAGACCGAGGAAGUAUGUGUAUAAUGGAGGAGAAACUUUUUUCACGAAACACUUGAAAAUAAAAAGAUAUAUUGACAAAUAUAAACAAAAGGUGCAUAAAUAAAACAUUUUUUCUUUUUGUUAUAUCCUAGUAUUAAGUAAUUAUGGUCUUGGUGAUUUUUUAAAGUAAAUUGAAUACAAUCUACGUGAAACCAAAAAGAUGAUAUGUAAUCUCUUCAUGUAUCGGUUUUUAAUUUGUCAUCUGAUUAGAGUGGAAUAAAAAUUGGCGAUGAAUAAGGUAGAAAUGAGAGAGAAGGGAGCGGGAAUAGUGGUUGGUGUGUGUUUGACAUACCUGGCAGAAAUAGGAAACAGCAAAUUCAACCUCUGAUAUAUCCUCAACGAAUAGAAUCUGUCUCUGUCUCUGUCUCUGUCUCUGUCUCUGUCUCUGCGUGCAAUAAUAAAUAAGAAUGGGGGAUGAGUCGCCCAGAAAUAAAGUGAAGUUCCUCUGCAGCUACGGCGGGAAGGUCCUUCCACGACCCUCCGAUGGCCUCCUCAGGUAUGUCGGCGGCGAGACUCGUGUGGUUUCUGUGCCUCGUGACAUCACAUUUCCCGAGCUAAUGAAGAAGGUGAGUAGCAUGGUGGAGGGAGGCGGAGAGAUGGUCCUAAAAUACCAACUGGUUCCGGAAGAUCUGGACGCAUUGGUGUCGGUGAGAACAGAGGAAGACGUGAAGCACAUGAUGGAGGAGCACGAUCGGCACCACACUGGAGGCUUGCUCCGUGCGUUCUUGUUCCCCCCUUGCAAGCACAUAGGUCUGAUGGCGUGCGAAACGUAUCUGUUGGAGCAGCGUUACAUAGACGCCAUUAAUGGGAUCAUCCGAACAAGUUCCAGGAAGGGCUCUGCCUGUUCUUCCCCAAAAUCAAACUCCCCCGAUGCCACGGAUCAGCACUCUCCUCGCUUUUCGAUUUCCAGAGUGCAAAGCUCUCCGAACCUCAGUGGCCUCGAUCAUCAUCAUCAACAUCAUCAUCAUCAUCAAAACCCUAAUUUUCAUUUGUCCAAACCGCCGCAAGAUCCUCAAAUGGGAAUGAGGCUUGGUGGAGGAAGGGCUCCCACUCCCGCUUUUAACCAUCAUUACUCCAGGCAACCACCCUACAGAGCUUAUGCCUACUAUGAUGACUCUGCAGCAGCCUCCUAUGCCCAUGAUAAUAGAAUUCAUACUGUGUCCAGGAGUCCUAGAACAAAAUCUAUUUGGGAAUGAAUAGAAUGUAAAUGUAAAUGCUCUCUCUUAUUCAUAUACCAUUCUAAACUCUGCUUUCUUUUCUUCCCUUCUAGCAAA